UGUUGUAUGAUACACGCAGAUAUAUGACCGUAUAUGCAUGGUAAUCAGGUGAGCCGUAACAAUAAACCAAAAAGAUGUCGGAUAUGCAGGAUACAAUGCUGCUGGGAUCAGAGGGAAUCAAGAAAACGAUCCUGCACGGAGGAACCGGAGAAAUCCCAAAAUUCAUCACAGGAGCGAAGGUGACGUUCCACUUCCGCACCCAGCUGUGUGAUGAUGAACGCACAGUGAUAGAUGACAGCAAAGUGGUGGGGACACCCAUGGAGAUUGUUAUCGGCAACAUGUUUAAACUGGACAUCUGGGAGACCCUGUUGUCCUCCAUGAGGAUCGGUGAGGUGGCUGAGUUCUGGUGUGACACCACUCACACUGGCGUUUACCCACUUGUGUCCAAGAGUAUGCGACGCAUCGCAGAAGGUAAAGACCCAGUCGAUUGGCACGUCCACACUUGUGGUAUGGCCAACAUGUUUGCCUACCACAGCCUCGGCUACGACGACCUGGAUGAGCUGAUGAAAGAGCCAAAACCUCUCUACUUUGUCCUCGAGCUGCUCAAGGUGCAGCAGCCCAGUGAGUACAACAGGGAGUCGUGGGCUCUGAAUGAUGAAGAGAGGCUGAAGGCUGUCCCUGUGCUGCAUGGCCAGGGGAACAAGCUCUACAAACAAGGACGCUACCAGGAGGCCACGCAAAAGUACAAGGAGGCCGUCAUCUGCAUCAAAAAUGUUCAGACUAAGGAGAAGGCAUGGGAUGUCCCCUGGAUGAAGCUGGAGAAGAUGGCCAACACCUUAACCCUCAACUACUGCCAGUGUCUACUACGCAUGGAAGAGUACUACGAGGUCAUCGAGCACACCAGCGACAUCAUCAACCAGCACCCAGGUGUAGUGAAGGCCUUUUACCUGCGAGGGAAGGCCCACAUGGAGGUGUGGAACGAGGCGGAGGCUCGGCAGGACUUCAGCAGGGUGCUGGACCUGGACCCUGGCAUGAAGAAGGCUGUCAAGAAGGAUCUGGCUGUGCUUAACAUGCGCAUGGAAGAGAAGAACCAGGAGGACAGGGACAAGUACAAGGGCAUGUUUUGACCAGGAGAGACUGCGGCUAAUGCUGGAGAAGAGUGAUGUUGUUAAAUCACUACUCUCCAUGCUUAAUUUUACCAUUAACCACCAUUAAAAUGACAAAACAAUCCUGCUUUAAUAAAUCAGGAAGUUAUAUAAACCCCGCCCUUACAGCCUAUCUUUCCUUUUUCCUUCAAACCAUGACUGAGACAAUUUAUAUAAAUUAAAUUAAGGACAUUUCACUCUUAUAAUCUUAUACAAUGUGAACCUCAAAAGCUCAUUACUUAACACAAUAUAUGUUAUUUGUCUAAUCCAGGGGAAGUGGUGUUGUAGUAUCCCUCUUAUCUAACUCUCAAGGGGAAAAGCUAAUUAUUCCUUUAAUACUACAAUUAUGAUUUGUAAUAUUGUUUUGGAAUAUUUCACGUUAAUGUGUAUGAAAAACUCAUCCAACCAUUCAUCUGUCCAUCCCUGAAUGAUUGCCAGUAACAAAUUGUUGGAACGACUUUGUAUAAAU